AUGACCAGAUAUGUCCGAACAUCAAGAUACCAGGCUCGCCGAGUAGCUCGGCUAGGAAACAUCGAUGCGCAGAGGCUACUCAUUCGCAAACACGCUGACUCGGGACCGUCGAUUCCUGCAUGGCGGCGUAAUGGAAAUAGAGAUGGCCACUCUGACUGGAGAGAGAAGCUCUUGGAAGGCAGUGCAACCGCCCUAGGGUCUGUUCUCGUCCUCGGCUUGGCCGGGUACUCAUACCAUCGCUACUACAAAUCUCUUGUCCUUCGCAAGAUGGAGAACGCUUUCGCCGCCGGAUAUUCAACCCUAGAACUGGCUGCCCUUGGUCGUCAGUUAACCCAGGACUCAUCAAACGGUAUCACCGCUUGUUUCGAGGUAACGAGACCUCACCAAGAGUUCAUCGAUAGCAUCGUCAAUGGCAGCGUUCAAGGUCACUACCACCUUUUGACUGGGGAGAAAGGAACCGGGAAAACGUCAAUGCUUCUCAAAGCGAUGAGAAAAAUAGAGGGAGAAGGUGUUGUCAUGCUAGAGGCGCACCCUGACCUUGAAAUCUUCCGACUACGUCUUGGCAAAGCGCUCAACUACGAGUUUCACGAAGAUUACAUCGGCAGUCUAUUUAGCUUCAGGGGGCCACGAGAUACGACACCUCUCUUGGAUAUUGAGCGUGCGUUCAACAAGAUGGAAAAGAUUGCGCUCAAACGAAGGGAGAAGGUCGGAAGGCCUCUGGUGCUUGUCAUCAACCGCGCUCAUCUCUUUGGCGACGAUGACGACGGGCGGCAUUUACUGGAGGCGAUCCAGCAAAGAGCCGAGAUGUGGGCAGCGAGUAACCUCGUGACAGUUGUGCUCAACAGCAACGAAUUCUGGAUCGGUGAACGCCUUAUGCCUGAAGCCACCCGCCUUCGAGUCCUCCCCAUUCACGACAUUCCCAAAGGUCCCACCAUCACGGCGCUAAGGGACUUUCGAAACAGAAGUUUUGGAGAGGAUGUCUCCGAACAUACCUUGGAACGGAUCUAUGCCAAGAUUGGCGGUCGGUUUCGGUUCCUGAGCCAAGUCGCAAAGGCUCCUGACAUGGAUGAAGCUUGUAGGGUGAUAUAUGAGAAGGAGAAGAAAUGGUUUUUGAGCCAAUGUUGGAUCUUUGGAGGAGAUAUCGACGAUGAUGCAGAAAGCCAGCAAGAGUUCUGCGCAGCAGCCAUGGUUCUCGCAAAAGCUCUCGUCGACGAGGAAGCAACCAAGAAAGAGCAAAACCCCCAAGAUGAUCAUGCCUUGCCGAGCAUUCCACUUCACAAAGCAAGACAAAUCAUGACACGAGCAGAUCUGAUCCAGCACCACGACCGCAUCAAUAUUUUUACCAUCGAUUCAAACUCGAUGGUUCAAGCAGAUUCGGUGGUGAUGCAGAAUGUGUUUCGAGAACUCUGUGCCGAGGACGGCUUUGAGGAGCUUCUUGACGCCACGCUUGAAAGGCUAGAUGAGCUGGAGGAUUUGCGCAGGACAAGGGUCUUGGCCCUCAAGGAUGUGGAUGGAAACAAGGGUUAUCAGGUUAUUGUUAAGAAGAGGGGCCAGAUUGAGGAGAGUAUGCAGAUGUCGUUCAAGGCCAUACCCCCUGAGGAGGAAGGGUCUUGA